GGGAUUGUUACCUAAUGGGGAUUAGUCCCUUUCCUGAAUACAAUCAGAUAAUGUUAUCUCCGAGACAGAAGUAUAGAUAUAAAUAUGGCCUCAUUUUCAUCACAGGAAAUGCCCCUCGUUCAAACAGAAAAUAGCUCGUCAGAUUAUCUACAUUUAAUAUGACAUCUACUGGGACCUAUCAGCGUGACGGCAAAGAAAUCGAACUGCUGCCGUUCAUCUUCCAGCAUCCCUCACUCCCUUCCCUCCGUAACAAGCCCGAGGAGAUCCUCUCCUUGAUUGAAGAAUUUGACCGAACGCACAAGAAACUAAUUACCAUCGGCCAUGCCCGUGGAGAACUCAUCAAGGGCGUGAUCGCCGAGCGCAAGCCAGCCACCAUGGUCGAAUUCGGUGGAUACGUCGGCUACUCCGCCAUCAAAUUCGGGGACGCCCUCAGAAAGGCCGGUGGGAAGAAAUACUACAGCCUUGAAAUCGACCCUAUCUUUGCGGCUAUUUCGAAUCUACUCCUCGAUCUGGCCGGGUUGCGGGAUGUGGUUCAGAUCCUGGUAGCGCCGGCGCAGGUUUCGCUGGCCAGACUCAUCAAGGAGGGUUUGGUUAAUGAGAUUGAGAUAUUGUUUCUCGACCACUGGAAGGAUAGGUAUCUUCCUGAUCUGCGGCUGGUGGAGAGUUUGGGUCUGCUCAAGCCUGAGCGGAGUAUUCUCGUCGCGGACAAUGUGCCUAGACUUGUCGAGUCGCCAUAUUUGACUUGGAUUAAGGCCAGUCCGGAGGAGAAGAAGGAGAUUCAGAAGGAUUUGACCCCACCCAAGGCUGGGGAGUUGAGGAAACUGAUCGAGGAGAAAGAAGAGAAGGAACUCGAGACCGAGUUGAGCGAUGUUGCUGGGAAUCCCGAUAUCGUGUAUGAGACGGUCGUCCACGACUUCCAGAGUGGAGCAAGACUGGAUGGCGUUGCCAUUACCAAGGUUGUGGGCUAGUUGGAUUGCAGUGAUGAUUCAUGCGUUCUUGAUAACUAAGUGAUGAUCUAUUCAAGGAGAGGCGAGCUCCAUUAACGGAACUUCAAGUUGCUUACGCUUUCUGGUCACUAUUAAGUCUUUUGGUUUCUCUACUUGCAAUGGCUCUCAGUGACUAAUCUGAUACAUUGCUGCAGUAAUAUGUGGUGAGGUCUAAUGCAACACUUGUGUCUGCAUAUAAUCAAUGAACUAAGAU